CUCAACUUCACUCAGUUUGUUUACAAGUUUUUCCCGCGCUGGCCAACUCCGGCGGAAACAUUUUUGACAUUUUCCUGUGUACAGUGAAGAUUGAUGCAUUGAAGGAUGGUGGACAAAAGAAGCAAGGACAAGAAGAGAGAGAAGGAGAAGGAGCGAGACAAAGAGAAGGACAGUAACCAGAAUGCCGAACCAGCGAAUAAAGAGCCACAGGACGUCGAGAUGCAGGAAGAGGGGGAGGAGGAGGAGGAAGAGGGAGGUAUUCGCAUUGGGGACAUCUACCUGCCGCCACCACCGCCGCCAGCCUGCACCUUUGACAGCACAGAGCCACGACUCAUCAUCACACACAUCGAGAACGAAUUCUUUAAGAGUUACGCGGGCAAGCAGGUACUUGGUCCCUUCCACAAGAACUUCACCUCAAUAGUUGGGCCAAAUGGCAGCGGGAAGAGUAACGUGAUUGACUCCAUGCUGUUUGUUUUUGGCUACCGGGCACAGAAGAUCCGCUCCAAGAAGAUAUCGGUGCUGAUCCACAGUUCGGAGCAAUACCCAAACGUGCAGAGCUGUACCGUCACAGUGCACUUCCAGAAGAUCAUUGACAAGGAGAACGAUGAGUUUGACGUCUUGCCCAACUCAAGCUUCUCCGUCUCCCGCACAGCGUUCCGGGACAACUCCUCUUAUUACCAGGUAGACGGGAAGCGGUGCCAGUUCAAGGCCGUGGCUAAACUCCUGCGGCAGUACGGCAUCGACCUGGACCACAACCGCUUCUUGAUCCUGCAGGGUGAGGUGGAGCAGAUCGCCAUGAUGAAACCCAAGGGCCUCACCGAACACGACACUGGGAUGCUGGAGUUCCUGGAGGACAUUGUGGGGUCCUCCAGGUUCAAGGAACCGAUAGAAUUGCUGGGGAAGAGAGUGGAUGACCUGAAUGAGGCACGGCAGGAGAAGCUGAACCGUGUCAAGAUUGUGGAGAAGGAGAAGGACGAGCUGGAGGGCCCCAAGGAUGAGGCCGUGGAGCACCUCAGGCUGGAGAACAAGAUAACACACAAGAAACACACUUUGCUGCAGUACCGGUGCUGGGAGUACUCCGAGGCCGUGAAGAAGGCUGAGGCAAAGAAGGAGGAGAUCAGCGAGGGCAUGAGUGACAUCAAGAAGAAACUGGAGGAGCUGGAGGAGAAGAAGAAAGAGAAGGAAGGAGAAAUUCACACCCUGGGUAAACGGCUGGAGAAGGUGAAUGCACUCAAGGAAGAGAGCUCAGAGAAAUUCAAAGCUCUGGAGAGUGAAGACGUCAAGAUGCAGGAAGACCUCAAGCACAAGAACCAGAAGAGAAAGAAGCUGAUGGCUCAACUGGCCACAGACAAGAACAAGUUAGAGGAGCUGGAGAAAGUGCCGGAGAAGAACGAGAAGAGCAUCGAGGAGUGUGUGACCUUGAGGGAGCAGCUGGAGGCCAAGAGGAAGAAGGAGGACGAGGCAUACCACAAGGCCAUGUCUACCCUCAACUCAGAGACGCAGCAGCUGCAGGAUGAGAAGGCAAAGUAUGCGACGCAGCUCAUUGGCCUCAGGAAGACCGUCAACGAGACCAAGAGUGCGGUGGACAUUGCUCAGUCCGAGCUGGACAUCUACCAGAGCACCGAACUCACCGAGAAGAGGAAACUGGAGCAGAUCCUAGAGGGUCUGGAGAAGGCCAGCAACACGGUGGAGACGCGGCGAGCUGAUGUGGAGAAGCUGGACAAGGCCAUUCCAGAGUACAGCAAGAACCUCAAGCUACAGCAAGACAAGCUUCUGAAGACUAUCCCGGAGCUGCAGGCCGUUGAGAACGAGCUGAGGACACAGCGAGUAAAGCUUGAAGAGACACGCAGUGCCAUGCACUCAUCGCGUUCCCGCGGCCGCGUGAUGGACGCCGUCAUGGAGCAGAAGAGGAACGGCAAUAUCAAGGGAGUGUUUGGCCGGCUGGGUGACCUGGGCGGCAUCGACGAAAAGUACGACGUGGCCAUCAGCACGGCCUGCGGCGCGCUGGACAACAUUGUGGUGGACUGCGUGGAAACUGGCAAGCGGUGCAUCAGCUUCCUGAAGCAGGGCAACAUUGGCACAGCCACUUUCAUUGCCCUGGACAAGAUGGAGAAGUGGCGGGCAAACUGUGAGCGUUCCAUGACCACCCCGGAGAAUGUACCACGCCUCUACGACCUGGUGCGCAUGAGUGAUGACCGGGUCAAGACAGCCUUCUACUUUGCUCUGAGGGACACACUGGUGGCCACAGACCUGGACCAGGCCUCCAGGAUCUCCUACCAGAAGGGCCGGCACCGCGUGGUGACACUCAACGGGGAGCUGAUCGAGGCGGUGGGCACAAUGAGCGGCGGCGGUAAGACGGUGCUGCGUGGCCGCAUGGGCAAGCAGGCCACCGUUGUCAACGUGGACCCCCAGGAGCUGCAGUGUGUGGAGACCAGGGUGGAGGAGCUGACCCGCCGCGCCACGGAGCUGCGGAAGGAGCGGGGCCAGCUGGAGGACGCAGUGCACCAGCUCAGCAAGGACCUGCGCACCAUGACCCAGGACUGCCAGAAGUUCAAGAUGGAGAUUGACGCAGCUGAGCAGCAGCUGGUCAACCUGGGCAAGCAGAAGGGCACGCAGGAACAGAAGGUGAAGUCAGUGAAGUCUGACCCAGCAAAGAUCAAGGUGAUGGAGAAGGACAUUGCCGAGAAGAAGAAGGUUUACCAGAAGGCGGCAGCAUCGGCAGAGGAGGUGGAGGCGGAGGUGACCAGGAUCCACAACCAGAUCAUGCAGGUGACCGGCGGCAGAAUGAAGGAGCUCAAGAAGGCCCUCGAUGCCAUCACCAAGAGGCUGGAGAAGGUCAAUGCAGAGAUCACCAAGCUGCAGGUUGCCAUCAAGACAGCCAAGCGGAACAGCAAGAAGACCCAGGACAACAUAGCGACCAUGGAGAAGGAGCUGGUGGAGGUGCAGGACGAGCUGAGAGGUAUGCAGGCCAAACGCUUAGAGAUUGAACAGGCUGCGGCAAAAGUCAUUGAAACCCUGGAGACUGUGACGCAAGAGGAUGAGGAACUCAGCACACAGAUGGCGGAGCUGAAGGGUGAGCGCGACAAGUGUGUGAAGGAGGAGAACAAGAUCAAGUCAGCCAAGAUUGAGAUUGACCAGGAGCUUGACAAGUACGAGGGAGUGAUCAAGGAGAACAAGUCCAAAGCCUCACAUGCUAAGAAACAGAUAAGCCGCCUGGAGCUGGCCGACAUCCCCAUCAAUAAGGAGGAGGACGACGUUGGUGAGCUGGUGACGCUGGACCCUGAGGAGCUGAAGGAAGUAGACCCCAAGCAGCUGGAGUACCAAGUCACUGUGCUGCAGGAGAGACUACAGGAGUCCAAACCAAACCUUGCCGUCAUCCAGGAGUACCGCAAGAAGGAGGAGAUGUACCUGCAGCGUGCAUCGGAGCUGGACGAGAUCACACGGCAAAGAGAUGAGCAGCGGAAGUACCACGAGGACCUGAGGAAACAACGGCUCAAUGAAUUCAUGGCCGGCUUCACCAUCAUCUCCAACAAGCUGAAGGAGAUGUACCAGAUGAUCACCCUGGGCGGCGACGCAGAGCUGGAGCUGGUGGACUCCCUCGACCCAUUCAGCGAGGGGCUUAUCUUCAGUGUUCGCCCACCUAAGAAGUCUUGGAAGAACAUCACUAAUUUGUCUGGUGGAGAGAAGACGCUAUCCUCUCUGGCUCUGGUGUUUGCCCUGCACUACUACAAGCCCACACCGCUCUAUGUGAUGGAUGAGAUAGAUGCCGCCCUCGACUUCAAGAACGUGUCUAUAGUUGGAAACUAUGUGAAGGAACGAACAAAGAAUGCACAGUUUGUCAUCAUAUCACUGCGGUCCCAGAUGUUUGAGCUUGCUGACCGCCUGGUGGGGAUCUACAAGACGUACAAUACCACUAAGUCUGUCACCAUCAACCCUGCUAAGAUCAUGGCCAGCCUGCGAGACGAGUGCACUGUGGCCUCCACCACCCUCAACAAAACCGUCGUGCCCACCACUGCCCCCACAGCAGAGACUCAUGCCUAGGUGUUUAGUCUGACCCUUCAGUGUUUUGUAAGACUCCUACAUCUUUUACUCAUCUGUCUGUGAUGUCUUGCCUACUCUGUGUGUGUCCCCCUAAGGUUGUCCUGGCAUUACCUAUAGGCCUUCCCUUUUCUGCUUUCCUUCACAUACAUAAAGCAAUAUAAAGACCAAACAUCUGUACCUCACUUUAUGCUUCCUUUGAAAAUUUCUUCCCAAGUUCAAUGUACAGUGGAACCCUGCCAUUUGUCCACCUCACUAAUUGUACAACUUGGUCAUUUGUCCAAAUUUUUCAUGUAAAAUUCAACUCAGCUUUGGUCUGCUUGCCCUGCCAUUCAGACAGCAUCACCUCGGUACUGCCACGCCGGCACUCCAGCUCUGCCUCGUGCUGGCUUCUGGAUGGCAAGCAUCAAACCUGCAAGCUUUGUGAGAUUUGUUAUUUAUUCUAUUGCUAUUCUUUAUUUUAUUGAAUAUAUGUAUCUUAGGCUUAAAAUAACAACAAAGGGUUGAAUUAACAAUUAUGUGGGUUUACAUUAUUUUUUAAGGGAAAAGGUUAUUUGCCCUUAAUAUAAAUCAUUUGAAUGGCCUCCUGGAACGGAUUGUGUACAAAUAGCAAGAUUCCACCGUAUUACUUAUUAACACAUUACACUAAGUAUGUAUCCCAUCCUUCCUGCCUCUGUCAUCCUGGUUUCUUUGUCUAACCUUCCUUUCACUACCACCACAACACUUUCCAUUCCACCAUUUCUAACACUCAUCAUUACAACAACAGUGGUCCAACACUUUACACAUCACACUCAUCACCUUGACAUGCUACACAUCCUUACUUCACUGUCUGUUGCUGAUGCUGCUACUUCAUGGCUCAAUCCAGUGUUCCUCCCUCCUUCCCGUGCACCAGCAGCUCACUGAAUGCUGGAAGGAAGUGUUCAUCAGGAAGGUCUGUGCCAAUAGCAGCCAGCUGCUCCACACUCUUCUCCACAAUUUCCUAAUAUUAAAUGAAUUAGAAAAAUGGAUUUUAAUUCAUUAUCAAUAAUUACUUGUAAGAUUUUAUACAGUUAUGGAUUUAUUAAAGUUAUACUUUCAAA